GGCCAUGGGCAGAAUGCAGAAGCCGUAGCGCAUGCGCAAUUGCGAAAGUCCAGUAGAGCCAUAUGGCUUCUGCAUUCUGCCCAUGGCUUAUGGAUUUUUAAUCUACAUAAAAAUCCAUAAGCCAUAUUCCAUGGCAUAACAAACACAGAAGCGUGCGUGAUUGUACCACUGUUGAUUACCUGCAACUCAAAAGAAUAGGAUAUACAUUUUAACAGACAGGAAUGGAUGACUCUGAUUUAUUGUUAAUUUCCUUGGUUUAUCUGGGAGCAAUUUUGGUAAAUCGCCGAAGAGAGAGAAUACGUCGGCGGCGCAAACGUUUGUGGGUCCGACCAAUUAACAUGCGCAGACGGCAGCAGGGUGCUUUCCACAAUCUCUUUCAAGAGUUGAAAACUGAUCCGCAGAUGUUCUGGAAAUAUGCUCGUAUGACACUUCCAUCAUUCCAGAACUUAUUGGAUAUUGCAAAUCCAAGUUUGUUAAAAAGAAGUCCACGUGCUAUUAAUCCUGAACAACGACUCGCUUUGACGCUACGAUUUUUAAGUGGAGACAAAGUUCCUGCCAUAGCGUUUGCUUAUCGUGUCGGUCUGUCAACAGUGCAUAAGAUAAUCAAAGAGACCAGCGACGCAUUGGGGAGAGUUCUUGGCCACAGAUAUCUUCAAGCGCCUUCGAAAGAAGAAUAUUUACAAAUUGCUGAAGGCUUUUGGCAACUAUGGAAUUUUCCACAUUGCUUGGGGGCGAUCGAUGGUAAACAUGUCGAUGCACAAUGUCCGCCCAACUCUGGCACUCUGUACUUCAAUUAUCACAAGAGAUACAGCGUAGUACUGAUGGCUGUAUGUGAUCAUAAUUACAAAUUCACACUAGUUGAUAUCGGCUCCGCUGGUAAGAACAGUGAUGGUGGAAUUUUCGCAAUUAGCGACUUGAAUCCUGAAAACCGGCAGCUAAAUAUCCCUGAAGGAGCCAGCAAAUUGAGCGGAAGCGACAUUCAAAUGCCUUAUUUUUUCAUCGGAGACGAAGCAUUUCCUAUCGGUAAACAUUUGAUGAGGCCUUUCACAGGAAAUUAUCUUGGCGAACGUAAAAAUAUCUUCAAUUAUCGACUGUCUCGAGCACGGCGUAUAAUAGAAAAUUCGUUUGGGAUUUUAGCUAAAAAAUGGGCAAUUUACAAUCGACCCAUUGUUGCGAUUCCAGAAAAUAUAAAUAAAUAUAUUUUAACAACUGUGUGUUUACACAAUUACAUCCGCCACCAAGAAGGUGACAAUAUUCAGUUUCAAAACAACGAUGAAGUUAUCGAGAAUAUCGAAAAUGGGAUUGCAUAUGCAGUAAACGUAAGAGAAACUUUGAGCAAUUAUUUCUUAACACCACCGGGAAUGGUAAAUUGGCAGUACGAUUAUGUGACUAGGGGGCAAAAUCUAGACUAAAAAAAUUAAUCGACGUACGACUCACUUGUAUAUUAUAUUGUAAUAUUUAUUGCUGGUCCCGUUUCACUAAUAAUAUAUACCAUCAACAAUAACAUAUUAUGCGAUACUUAAUCUUAUUAAAAGGAUUAUUCUUACAUCAGUUUGUAAGUUAUUUCCACUAUUCAUAAAAUCACUGUUUUUUUUUAAGUUUGAACACUGCAGGUAAGUUUGGUGGUUAACUGACUUAAAUAAAAAUAUAAAAUUAAGAAUAGAAUCUCUUAUACAUAUGUAGAAAUUAUCGUAAUGAGAAAUUUUCAACAGGUCUCGCCUUUAUAUGAUAAUGAAUUAAUGAAGAAAAAUAUUAUAUUUAUAUGAUAUGACUUAACAUGAUAAUGCCUUUGACUAGACAUGAUAAUUUUCAGUUUUUAAUGUUUUUAUAAUCUAAUAGUCACUCACACAGCCAAUUAAACAACGUUUAAUUCCACCUGACCACUUUGUAGACAAACUCAUCCAAAAGUUCUU